AUGCCUCAUUUACGUCAAUUUAAUUUUCACAUUCGUUCAGUAUUAAAAAAUCCUCCUCAUAUUAAUAGUGAAACAAUUCGUCAAACUUUUAUGAAACAACAACAAUCUGUCGAUUGGUCGAUCGAAUAUUUUAAUAAUAAUUAUGGUCAAUGUCAAAUUUACUCUCUUCCAUUUAUUGGUACUCGUCUUGACUUCAUAUCAAAUAGAUUUCCAUUGUUUUAUACUAAUAACACAUUCUCAAUGGUUACUACUUUACUACUUUUCGAUCAUGUUAAACCAUUCGAAUGUGUUUUCUUUGAACAUCUCGCUCGAGCUCUACCUCGUCUUAGAACACUCGAAAUAUUGAAUAACCUUGAACAACAAGAAAAAACAAUGCCGACGACAAAUAAAGUUCGGUAUACUCAUUUAGCUACAUUGAUUCUAUUCAAGAUUCAUAUCGAUUAUGUUGAACAACUUCUUUGUCAAACUGAUCUUCCUUGUUUAAAUGAACUCGCCAUUGAUAAUGAUAUAUUGUUAACCAUAAUUACUCGAGCUCAACAACAAACAAGGCACAAUUGUUCUAGAGUGGAAAGAUUACGAACUUCUCAACCAUUCUAUGGGUCAAGUGAUGCUCUUCGAAACUUCUUUCCAUCGGGUUCCUAUGUAAAACAUCGAAGAGAAGGAUAA